GCCCGGCGGCACGGCCCCUCUAGCGCGGCGGCCGCCAUCGAGGCGGAAGCGGGACGGCGACGUCACUCCCACAAUGCCCCGCACAAUGGGGCCGCCGGGGCCUGGGCCGGAGCCGCGCCUGGCGGGGCCCGGGGGAACCGGGUAGCUUUGAAGCUGGCACAGAUGGCUGGGCUCUCUCAGAGGGGAAGCAGCAACUACCUGGUGAAGGCAGCAGAGGCUCCUGGAACGUGUGUGCAGCUCUGAAGCAGGAGGUGGAGAUGUUUUGCUAUUAAAGGAGUUUAGUCACAGAGGUGUCCAACAGGAAACUGCACUGGGACAACAGCACAGCAAGACACCCGCAGGCUCGAGUUCUGCUGGACAUGGCCAUGUUCUACUAGACCUGCCAUGACGGCAUUCUUUCCCAGUGUUCCCAACUGGAUUCAAGAUGCAAAGCAGGAGGAGGAAGAGACAGGCUGGAAAUUAGUCCCCAGGCCAAGAGGUGAAGAGACGGAAAGUCAGGGAAAAUGCCAGUGUGAAAUAUCAGAGGCCUCCUUCACGACCGUGGACAAGCUGAGAACUCACAGCGAGCAGAGGCCGUACAACUGCCCGCAGCUGCACUGCGGCAAAGCCUUUGCUUCCAAGUACAAGCUCUAUAGGCACAUGGCCACGCACUCUGCUCAGAAGCCUCACCAGUGCAUGUACUGCGAGAAGAUGUUUCACCGCAAGGAUCACCUCCGGAACCACCUGCAGACCCACUACCCCAACAAGGAGGCUCUUCACUGCCCCGAGUGCGGCAAGAACUACAACACCAAGCUGGGCUUCAGGCGGCACCUGGCCAUGCACGCGGCGGCCAGCGGGGACCUCAGCUGCAAGGUGUGCCUGCAGACCUUCGAGAGCACCCAGGUCCUGCUGGAGCACCUCAAGGCACAUUCAAGGCGAGCUUCUGGUGGAGCCAAGGAGAAGAAGCAUCCCUGUGACCACUGCGACAGGCGCUUCUACACCCGCAAGGACGUGCGGAGACAUCUGGUGGUGCACACGGGGAGGAAGGACUUCUUGUGCCAGUACUGUGCCCAGAGGUUUGGCAGGAAGGAUCAUCUCACCAGGCACAUGAAGAAAAGCCACUCCCAGGAACUGCUGAAGAUUAAGACGGAGCCAGUUGACAUGUUGGGUCUCCUGAGCUGUAGCUCCUCUGUUGCAGUGAAGGAGGAGCUGAGUCCCGUCCUGUGCAUGGCAUCCAGAGACAUGAUAGGUGGUAAGAGCUUCCCGGGCAUGUUGCCCGUGGGCAUGUACAGCACUCAUCUCCAAACCAUGCCGAGCUCAGGGAUGCCCCAUUCUUUGGUUCCUAACUCUCUUCCAAUGGGAGUGAGCUAUCCUCUGGAGUCAUCUUCCCCCAUCUCUUCCCCACCGCAACCUCCUCCAAAGUAUCAGCUUGGAUCUACCUCAUAUUUGCCUGAGAAACUACCCAAAGUAGAGGUGGACAGCUUCUUGUCAGACUUCCCUGGCAGCCUGUCUCUCUCAUCUGGUGAGCCUCAGUCCUCUUCACCUCAGCCACCCCCUCUGGAUGAGGCUUUGCUUUCCAAGAGCCCUGCGAACCUUUCAGAGGCUCUCUGUGCUGCUAACAUGGACUUCUCUCAUCUUCUCAGCUUCCUCCCCCUGAAUCUUCCUCCUUGCAACCCACCUGUGUCCUCAGGGGGAUUGGUCAUGGGCUACUCGCAGGGGGAGACACAGCCACUGCUUACCACUUUGCAACACCAACCUCAAGAAUCUCCUGGAGCUGGGGCCUCGCUGAACUUUGGGCCCCUUCAUUCGCUGCCCCCUGUCUUCACCUCCAGCUUGAGCACAACCACGCUGCCACGGUUCCACCAGGCAUUCCAAUAAGCUGGAAACAGCACUGGAGAACAGAUCUUUCAGUCACCCUUCAGCGGAGAGCCUUAAAAACGCACAACUCUGACUCCCCUUUGGGGUGUGAAAGCUUUGCAAAGCUGUUUCCGACGGGAGGUCUCUGAUCUCUGGAGGGAGCACUUGUAGACUGGAACAGGAGAUACCCCCUGCGAGUCCCAGUCCUGUACAGUGAAAGGAUUUCAGCUCAGAGACUGGAUCUAUUUGAUGUAAUUGUUAAUCUGUGAAUCAGGAGCCACGCUUAGCACUGACCUUCCCCCAGCCCCCGGAGCUGCCUGUGCUGUUCCUCCUGGGGAAGGGACUGUCCCUGAGAAGGAGCUGAGACUCUUUCAUCAUGGGCUAAACGUCUGAAGAGUCCAGCUUCCAUUUCAUGUUCCCACACUGCAAGUCUGGCCCAAGAGCCAGCACCUCCACAUGGAGGAGGAGGAGAAGUCAGGAUACCCACCCUUGUAUGAAGCCAUGGGGAAGAGGCCGACCUUCCCCACUACCUCUCACCCAUCACCUAACAGCUUACUCCACCCAACGCCGCUUACUCCACAUCAGUGUUAAGGAACGAGACCGUUUACACGGUGACUUCAGAGCCGUCACCUCAUUCUCCUCCGCGGAGCCCUUAGGUUAAACUUAGCACAGCGCCAUUGUUUACACAACUCGGAUCUCUUCCUGCCAUUACAGACAUAGGAGGCACCAGAACCCACCAGGAUUAUCCCUGGUGGAACUAGAACACUGUUUACACGACGAAGUCAGGUUGCACUGAUUUCUCUUCACUGCUCAUGUUCUUCCCCCAUGGGGAAACCCUCUGCUUCUGGACCACUGCAGCCCCUGCACCGCCGCUUCCCCCGUGUCCUUCUGGCUGUCCACAUCUCGAGGGGAUGGAGCAGCGCUCGCAGCUGAGCUUGUUCACGUGGGGUGUGGGUAGAGCCCUUGAAACCUCUCCCACAGGCAGACAGAUGGUGCAUCUGGCCUGGAAACCAAAGCUGGGCUGGGGAAGGCUGGGUUGGGGCAUUGGGUACUGUCAGUGAGAAGAGGCUGCAGGGCAAGAGGAGGAGUUUCUACGUGGGCUUUUUACCACAGCAGUUCAGUGAGGUCAGAACCCUUUUGGCUUAUCCAUGAAGCAGCCUCGAGGUGUGAUUUACCUCAGUCCCAGGGUGAUAACGUCCAGGAAUCAGGAGGAAAAACUGGUCCCAACUUCACAUACGCUCUGUCAGUGUAUUGAAGCAUCCUCCCCAACACUAACCCUCUAACAAAGGCUGAGGGUUUGGGCUGCACUCAGCCACCCUCUCACAUAGGAUUUGUUUCCAUCAGCCAUUUUGUUCUCUCCCUCCCCAGCCUUGCCUCCUGAAGUUAAAGCCCUGCUCCCUGCCCCUCCUCAUACCUUCCUCCACAUCCUUCCUACUGCCAAGAGUUACACUGGGAAGUGCCAGCCCCACUGCUGGUGCCAUUCAGCAUCUGCAUCAUCUCAUUUCCCUGGGCACCAUUCCUGCAGAUGGUAACACACAGAGGUCGAUCCCACCAUGUAUUAGUGCAGAUCUUCACACCUCGGCGUGGAGGAACCAUUGUAGGCCAACAUAAACCAGGAAAUUGGUCAAUAUUGUUCUCUAUAAAUGUAGAAAACACAAAAUCUACCUCUACUGUGUCUCGCAGCUCCUCAGGUGAAGCUGAUGCUGCCCUCCCCAGAGAACACCCCUUCUCCCUGCCACGGAGCCCUCAGUGGGACGUUGGCCAUGCCUCGACUGCCCCUUGGCUUCUCCCCUUCUGCUCCACAAUGUUCUUUUGAAUUUAGCUUAGUGAUGCUUCCCAGAAUGACUGUUUAGUGACCCACUGCUCUCCGAGCAUCCCGCAGGUGUGUUAGGUUAGCCAGCAAUGCUGCAAAUACUACUUUUGUAUCAAAAUGUAAUAUAAGAUUUAUUUACCUCAGCAAUAUCCUGUGGCAAUGAUCCCCCGAGUUCAAUGCAGUACUUCCUUCUCUCCACUGGAAAACGUUGCCUUUGAAGUUCAACGAGUGCCUUCUUGUUCUCUAACAGAAAAGGUAAAUGGGGCAUUUCAGCCAGUCUUCUGUUUACCACCACUGAAUACCUCAGGCCUGUCUCCUGUUGCUUUUCCCUUUGCGAAGUGAAGAGUCCCACGCUGUUCCCAGGUAUAUGCAAACCUUCUCCCUGCCUCCAGGUGAGAGGAUGAGGAGUAGUUUUCUUUUGUAAAGUAAUAAAUGGUGAGAACUGAUCCUUCCUGCAAGGGAGGAGUCCCAGAUUUAUGCAGUGCCACCACACACCUUCCCCUAUUCCAGAACAUCCAGCUCGCUUGCUUGGUGCCUGCAUUGUACCCUGACUGAUGUCAGCACUGGAAUUCCUUUAGCAGAGGUAGCUGAAUUAGAGCCAGGCAGCUUUUUCCUACCAGUAGUCUGUCAAAGAAUAAAUGGAUUUCAUUUUGCUAUUA